UCAUCGGCAUUAUCAGGGCAAUGGCUGAAUCUCCUCAAGAUGAUAUUCCCAACUGUAAACCCGACGCUCCCGGGGAAUAUGACAAGAAAUGUAUUUUUUGCAAGAUAAUAAACAAGGAAAUGGGGACGGAGUUACUGCACUGUGAUGAAGAAAUGAGCUGCUUCAGAGACAUCAGACCAGCAGCACCACACCAUUACCUAGUGGUGCCGACUAAACAUGUUGGCAACUGCAAGUCUCUCACCAAAGAGCAUGUCCCUUUAGUGAAACAAAUGGUGGACUUAGGAAAGAACAUGUUGGAGAAAGCUAAUAUAACAGAUCUCAGUGAUGUAAGGUUUGGUUUCCAUUGGCCUCCGUUCUGUUCAGUCAAGCAUCUGCACCUUCAUGUCCUGGCUCCUGUCAGUCAGAUGGGCUACAUGUCUCGUCUCAUAUACAAGCUCAACUCCUACUGGUUUAUAACAGCAGAUCAACUGAUAGAGCUGCUAAACUCAAAGGGAGAGACAAACUAACUGUUGACUAACACUUGGACAGUUAAAGUGUCCAAGUGUCAGUGCUGGGUCAAAUAAUUACACCUCUUACCUCUUAAUGGGCCUUUUGAUUGUACAAACUAAUUGCUUGAAGUGUUAUUUAUUAGUAAAGGGUUUUAUAAAAAUGAUCAGCUUCUUGUUUUGAUUUCAAUGUGUAAAAUGCAAGCCUUUAGCAUUAUGGGAAUAAGCAGUGUUUUACAAUUAUAGUGAUAUUUUUAAAAUUAUUUUAUACAAAACAAUAACAUUUUUUGGAGCAUUAUCUUUGUGAUUUUGUGUUGUAUGUCAGUUGUAGCCUUUAUGUUAUCCAUUAAUAUGAAUCAUUAAUCACAUAUACUGUAUGCUGUUAUUCAUACUAUCAUGUAAUUAAAUGUGAGCCAAUAAUCAAGUACUUAUUAACCAUUAUUUAUAAAAUCAGGUCAUUGUUCUGAUAUGAUGCAUGACAUUUAUUAUCUUGCCAAAGACAUUGUAUUGCAGGAUAUAUUGACAACAUUGCCUAAUGUGAAAUUGUUCUUAUGCACUUUCUGGAAUGAAAUAUAAUAAACAUUGUAUGAAUGAAUCCAUAU